AUGACAGAGUCUGCAUUUGAAGGCAUCCAAAUAGACAAGGAAGGUGAGGAGAGGAUUCCCAUUAAACUAUCCUGGAGCAACCUAAGCUACACGGUUAAGGCGAAAUACUCCAAAAAGGCUAUGCAGGAGCUAGGAGUCUCACAACAAACAUACGAUAAAGUGUUGCUCAAAACACAGCAUGGGUAUGUUAAUAGUGGUGAAGCUUUGUUUAUCAUGGGAUCAUCUGGAGCAGGGAAAACUACUCUCCUUAACGCACUUUGUGACCGCCUUGUCCAGAACAAGGCCUGUAAACUUGAAGGAAAAAUCUUAUUGAAUGAUAGUCACCCCAUUUCUCAAAGAGAUUUUGGUAAAUAUGGAACUUACGUUAUGCAAGAUGAUGUGCUCUUCCCAACACUUACUUGUGAAGAAGCAAUUCAUUUCUCAGCAAAGCUCAGGACGAACCUUAAAGGAGAGGAUCUCAGAAAAAGAGUUAAUGAUACUAUCGAUACCUUAAAUCUAGCCAACUCUCGUAAAACAUUAUAAUUGGGGAUAAACUCAUCAAAGGGCUCAGACCUGGGGAGAGAAAGAAAACAUCUAUUGCUAUAGAACUAGUAACUGACCCAGACCUCAUAUUUUUGGACGAGCCUACCUCAGGACUGGAUAGCUUCACAGCAAACCGGAUUGUUAAAUUACUAGUAAAUCAAGCAAGAGAAGGAAAGACAGUCGUAGCUACGAUUCAUCAGCCGAAUUCGAGCACCUAUUCCUUAUUCGAUAGGCUUCUACUACUAAUGGAUGGUUACCCGAUCUAUCAAGGGAAAGCUCAAGAAGCUGAUGAGUACUUUACCAAAAUCGGAUUCAUGAUUCCCAAGUUUGCAAAUCCAGCUGAUUAUUACCUCAAGGAAUUCUUUAUUCCCUACAAUAAAACUCUUGAAGAUGAGAAGAAGCUGGAGACUCUCCUAGAUGGGUACGAGACUCAUAUUGCCCAGAAAAUUCUUGAUGAGGAUGAGAAUAUACAAAAUUUUGAGAUUGAUAAGCAAUAUCUUAAAGAAUCCCAUCCGCAUGCAGAUCAUAUAACUGAGUUUUGAGCAUUAACCAAGCGGACAACUUUGAACCUGGUUAGGAAUCCAAACUCUACAACCAUGAGAGCUCUCAUGAUCGUAGUCACUGCAAUCCUGAUGUCCUUAGUUUUCUGGGAUCUGAGCUCUAAUGAAAAUGAAGUGAGGAACAAAACAGGAUUCUGAUUCUUUCUAGGCGUCCACAUGGUUAUGAGCACACUUCAAUCCAUCAUCGUCAUAUUCAUAAUGGAAAGACCAGUAUUUUUGAGAGAAUAUGCCAGUAAAUCCUAUGGGCUCUGGUCUUACUAUAUGUCUAAAUCUAUAGUGGAGAUUCCAUUCCAGUUCAUCACACCAAUCCUUGUCUCCUGCGUGAUAUACUUCACAUGAGGCAUGACACUUGAUUUCGGGAAAUUCUGAAUCUUCACUCUUGUACAAAUGAUCGCGGUAUUAUAGCUGCAACAUCUAUUGGUUUCUUCCUUGGAUGUGUCUUUACAGAUGCGUCCUCGGCUACGCAAGCAUCUAUGAUUCUAAUGUUGCCAUUUAUUGUAUUCGGAGGAUACAUGGUAAACCUGAAAGAUAUCUACCCUUGGCUUUCCUGGCUCCAGUUCCUAUCACCCAUCAGGUUCAUUACAGAGGCUUUAGUCAGGAACGAAUUUGAAAAUAAUGAUGACUACUCUGACCCACAAGCCAUCUUCGACCAGUUCGACUAUAAUGUUGGCCUUGGCUGGUCCAUCCUGAUCUUGUUCAUCAUGGGAGUCCUGUACCGAAUCGGAGCUUUCAUUGCUCUCAAGCUCACUGUGAGUAAAGUGCAGUAA